GCCUGCUCUGCCAACCACACUCCCACCCCUGCCGCGCGCCAGUCUACUCUUCUCCUGGCCCGACCACGAGCUCGUCUCCUCCAUGGCCUCCCCCUCCCCUCUCCUCCUCGCCCUCGUGUCGGCGGCGCUCCUCCUCCGCACGCCCGGCGCCGCCGCCGCGCCCGAGGAGCACCUCGUCACCGGCCUCCCCGGAUUCCACGGCUCCUUCCCCUCCAGCCACUACUCCGGGUACGUGACGGUGGACGAGGCCAGCGAGCGGAGCCUCUUCUACUACCUGGCGCUGUCGGAGCGCGACCCGGCCGCCGACCCCGUCGUGCUCUGGCUCAACGGCGGCCCCGGGUGCUCCAGCUUCGACGGCUUCGUCUACGAGAACGGGCCCUUCAACUUCGAGCCCGGGAGCACCCUGCCCAGGCUGCAGCUCAACCCCUACAGCUGGUCAAAGGUAUCAAACAUCAUGUACCUGGACUCUCCUGCUGGCGUCGGAAUGUCCUAUUCGUUGAACAAAUCGGAUUAUACGACAGGUGACCUGAAAACUGCAGCUGAUGCGCACACGUUCCUUCUGAAGUGGUUCGAAUUAUACCCCGAGUUUCAGUCGAACCCGUUCUACAUUUCUGGGGAGUCAUACGCAGGGGUUUAUAUUCCCACGCUUGCUGAUGAAGUUGUCAAAGGGAUAGAAAAAGGUGUGCAGCCAAGAAUCAAUUUCAAGGGCUAUCUGAUUGGCAAUGCAUUCACAGACGUCGACUAUGACUACAAUUCCUUUGUGCCUCUUGCGCAUGGGAUGGGCCUCAUCUCAACUGACAUGUUCGAGGAUGUCAAAGCCAGUUGCCAUGGGACGUUCUUUGGCGACGUAGACGACCUGUGCCAAGAGAAGAUAGAAAGAGUUCAUUGGGAACUGAAAGACCUGAACAAGUACAACAUCCUUGCACCCUGCUACCAUCAUCCUGAAAUUCAAGAGGUAGUGUUCGCCAACAGCAGCUUGCCGUUGAGCUUUAGAAGGCUUGGAGAGACCGAUAGGCCAUUUCCAGUGAGGAAGCGUAUGGCAGGGCGAUCAUGGCCCCUCCGUCUUGCUCUAAGGGGUGGACGAGUUCCAAUGUGGCCCGGGCUUGGUGGUAGAUCACUUCCCUGUACGAGUGAUGAACUUGCUACUACAUGGCUAGAUGAUGAAGGUGUCAGAGCUGCAAUUCAUGCCAAAUCGAAAAGCUUAAUAGGGUCGUGGGAACUUUAUACAGCAAGAAUAGACUACACUCAUGAUACAGGAACAAUGGUGAGCUAUCAUAAAAAGUUCACAGCCCUUGGAUACCGCGUGCUAAUUUACAGUGGAGACCAUGAUCUAUGCAUCCCUUUACCUGGAACUGAAGCAUGGGUGCGGUCAAUAGGCUACCAAGUUGUCGAUAGAUGGCGGCCAUGGUACUUUGGUGAUCAAGUUGCUGGAUACACGCAAGGCUACGAUCACAAUCUCACCUUCCUCACAAUUAAGGGAGCCGGGCACGCUGUCCCUGAGUACAAGCCCAAGGAGUCGCUCGCAUUCUACAGUCGCUGGCUGGCAGAAGAGAAGUUCUGAAUUGAUCUGAUCGGAGUUGCAGCAGAAAACUUGCAGGCCGCCUUUUCCACACUCGCAAAGUUGCGGUCAGAUUGCUGAUGCAGUUGGCUCAGUACAAAAUGUAAACGAAUCCAAAAGAUUUUGUUUGGAUCGUUAACCAUUUAGAUAUGUCCCUAUUUAGGAGACGAUAUAUCCAAUCAAGCUUCAUGCGAAUUGUGAAAACUCAAAUGCUUGCUCCUUUGAAUUGUGAAGUAUAAAAAAAUUCUUCAAAUA